CGUAAACGCUACUUAGUUUACUACAAAAUAACACAAGACAAACACACACAUAUACACACCCAAUUAGAUCGAGAUAUAGACAUAGACAAAAUAAUAAGAACAUAACAAAUGGACUUUAGGAAUUGCCACCCUCCCCACAGCAAUGAGCUACUCACUCACAAGGCUGCUAGAGAAGCAACAGAUGAGUUGGCUACCCUCCUAAAAGACCAACAGCCAAUUACUAUCAGUGAAGUCAUCAGAGCUGGCUCUCUGGGACACGGCACUGCAGUUCCUGGAGACUUUGAUCUGGACAUGGUCAUCUACUCAAGAGACCUAGAUCCACACAAAGUUCUUGAGCAAGGCUAUGACUACUGGCUAGAGAAGCUUGAGAAAUUCUUAAAAAGAAGCAGCGAUGUGCAAUUUAAGAAUAGGACACCUCACUCUGUCCAGUUUCGGUACAAGGAACUCAUUGACGUGGACAUGCUGGUGACCCCUUGGUGGGACAGUGUCUCCCAGCUGAGCCUGUUCUUGGACAAGAUCCCGGUUCAAAAGCGCUUCCCGUUCUCAAUAGGAGCCUCAAAAUGGCAGGUGCAGUUUAUGCAGAAGCAAGACAAUGAGGUCAAAGUGCUUAUUCAGCGUGCUAAGGCAUGGAGAAACAAACAAUGGCCAAAUGUUUACCCAGGACAGAAGAAGCCCAAGUCCUACUUUCUUUCUUUGCUCGUUUUGAAAGCUUAUCAGCGUGCAAAGAAGAAAUUUGGAAAUCAAAUCUUUCGUGAUAUGGCUGAAAAGACCUCCUAUGAGCUUAAAGACCUUGUUCUUAGGGAAGAUCAACAAGAUAUUUACUGGGACGACUACUAUAUGAUGGUGGGAGGAACUGGUAACACGAUUCUGCAUGACCCCCCAAAACCCCCUCGCCUCCUGGACCCAGCUAACCCAGCUAACAACCUGUUUGACACCGGGUUCACCACUACACGUACCGGUGACAGGUCACAUGAUGAGGGGGAGGGGAACUGGGCUGAGAUAAAGAAGAAGAUUGAGACCAUCGACCUUACUGUAGAUAUAACAGCCUAAUAAUUAUAAGAGUAUUAUAACUCAUCAUAAAUAAAACCAGUAGGUUUUACAUAGGAUUGGCAGUGGGUUUGCCCGUGUUUAGCAAUAUUUCAAUUAUUUUGACUCAUGUUCAAACUGUUCUAUCUCUGCAGGGAAAGGCCACAUCAAGAAACUGGCUGAACAGAUAGUUUAUUUAGCCUUUUCUCUCUUUGUAUCUCUCAUUUCAUAAUCCAUAAACAUUUUAAUGAAUGAAUAUUUUCAUUUUAAAAA